AUGAACGACUACCAGGAAGCAUAUGAGUCGUGGGCCGACGCAGACUUUCCAGAGUCAGACGCCGCCGCAACUGACGCCGCCGACGCCACCACUCCAGAUGCCGCCGCAACAGUCGCCGCCGCCACAACAGACGCCGCUGCCACCACACCAGACGCUGCCGCAACAGCCAACACACCAGACGCCGCCGCAACAGACGCCACCACACCAGACGCCACCGCAACUGAUGCAACCACACCAGACGCCGUCGCCGCAACUGACGCAACCACACCAGACGCCACCGCAACUGAUGCAACCACACCAGAUGCCGCCGCAACUGACGCAACCACACCAGACGCUGCCGCAACAGACGCCGCCGCAACCGACGCUACCACUCCAGACGCCGCCUCCGACGUCGCCGCCCCCAGCUGA